AUGGGAUUUUUUAUGAUUCUCUAUCCAACAACAAUUUUAUUUCGUGUUACACAUGCUAUUGAACAAACUGUAGGAGAUUUAAUAGCUGGAAAACAAUUAUUAUCAAAAGACAUCAAAAUUGCUGGAAAUGAUAUUGUAACGUGUGUUAAAUCGAAAAAACCACUUUGUGUUUAUGAAGCAUUUCAUAAAAUUAUAUUUGAAGCCCAUAUUGCUGUUUCACACGGUGGGCGUGAAAAAACCUAUUCUGAAAUAAGUUCCCAAUAUUCUUGGCUUCCUCGAUUUUGCGUCGAGAUAUUUUUGAAACAAUGCCUACCAUGUCAAACCAGAAAACCAAUUAAACAUCAUGUUGUUUCAAAACCAAUUAUAUCCUUGGGUAUUAUGACACGUCUACAAAUAGAUCUUAUAGAUAUGCGUACAAGACCGGACAAAAUAUCACCUGAAAUUGUUUACUGCUGGAUUUUGAAUUGUAUUGAUCACUUUAGUAAGUUUUCAUGGGCUUAUCCAUUAAAAAAUAAAACAGCUGCUGAAGUUGUUACAAAAUUAUACGAAUUGUUUUUUGUUUUCGGUCCACCUCAUAUAAUUCACAGUGAUAAUGGACGUGAAUUUGUUUCAAGCGUUACCAUGGAAUUAAAAAAUUCUUUUCAUGAUUUAUUAUUUAUUCGAGGAAGACCGAGGCACCCGCAAAGUCAGGGUUGCAUCGAAAGAGCUAACGGUGUUUUGUGCGAUGCUCUCGGCAAAUGGAUGUCUACCAACAAUUCAUCGAGCUGGUCUACUGCUUUAUUACCUGUUACUUAUGGUAUAAAUACCAGAAAAUCUACAGUUACCAAAGCAACUCCAUAUGAAAUUAUGUUCGGACAAAGACCACGAUCAGAUUCUGAUUUCUGGAAACUAGUUCAGGAGGCUGGUAUCGAAGAUGAAGAAAAUCUUCCCAUUCCAGUAGACGAAUCAAAUGAUAAUAUGAUUGACGAUGCUCUUGAUAAUCCAAUUGAUAUUAAUGCACAUAUUGAUACUGAAGUAGUUGAACUUCUUAAACAACUAUCUGAUGAUAUGAGUUCUUAUUCAUCAACAAGCUCAUCAUCAAAAUUACCAAAUUCAUCAACAGCAUUAACAUCAUCGGCAACUGUAGCAACAACACCCACCAGGCAUGAUAAAAUUCGCAAAACGGCUACUGAUCAUUAUCUUGCAACUGCAAAUAAGAAAAUGAAAUUACAUCAAGAUAGUUUAAAUAUGAUUGCAAAUAAUUUUAAUAUAAAUGAUUGUGUUGGAUUAGAAAUACAUCCAGUCGAUCGAACCAACACCGAUCCAAAAUAUCUACCAUGUCGAAUCGUUGAAAAAACUGCAAAGAACAAUGUUUUUUUAUAUAAAUUAAUAUGCCAAUACGGUGUUCUACAGAAAAGUUUUGAAGUUGGACAAUUUGUGAAUUUAAAUGAUGCUUGUCCUGAUGAAUUAAAAAAAAUUAAUGCUGAUAAUUUAAAACCAAUUACUCUUAUUGAAGCAUCAAAACUUUAUGCUCGUGGUUCUGUAACUGGACGCACUUGUAAUUGUCGUAGUAAAUGUUCAACAAAAACCUGUCCAUGUAAAAAAGUCAACAUGCCUCAUAAAAAGUUACCUAGUGACACGUAUCAUUCAAUUGGUUAUGCAGAAAAUGAACAACAUCUUGGUAAACCAAAAGUAUCUGAAAAUAAAGAAGUUGCUGGACGUCAAGCUGGAUUAGGUGGUGAAAAAGGAAGUCAAAUAUGUGGGCAAAGUGGUCCCGAACUACUAGGAGGUAAAGUGUUUAUUAAUUAA